AGGAGGGCUCACAAGGCAGACACUUUUGAACGGGUCACAUUGGGCAGCCCCCAGCAAUGCCUCUUCCCUGGGCUUGAGGACGGCCAUGGAGCUCAGAGCCCUCCUCCUGCUGCCGCUCUGUUUCCCAGGCCACCCAGCCCAAACAGCAGAUGCCGAGGAGAGACAAUGGGAAGGAAGCACUCUGUGUAUCCAGUGUCCUUACACUGAACACGAUAACUACUGGCAGCAGAAAGCCUGGGUCCGUGUGAGAGAUGACAAACCUGAGGUCUUAGUGGAGACGACCAACUCAAGACAAUACCCAUACGCAACCCGUGCCACAAAGGGAAAAGUUACAAUAGAGGACAAGCACACAUAUAGGACCGUGGUCAUCACCAUGACAAACCUCCAGGCAGAGGACUCAGGCACAUACUCCUGUGCUUUACUUUCCUACAAUUACGGCUAUGUUCCGCUAAAGACAAUCUCUCUGAACGUUUUCAAGGGCCACCCAGCCCAAACCCCAGAUGCCGAGGAGAGACAAUGGGAAGGAAGCACUCUGUGUAUCCAGUGUCCUUACACUGAACACGAUAACUACUGGCAGCAGAAAGCCUGGGUCCGUGUGAGAGAUGACAAACCUGAGGUCUUAGUGAAGACGACCAACUCAAGACAAUACCCAUACGCAACCCGCGCCACAAAGGGAAAAGUUACAAUAGAGGACAACGUCUUCUGUAGGACCGUGGUCAUCACCAUGACAAACCUCCAGGCAGAGGACUCAGGCACAUACUCCUGUGCUUUACUUUCCUACAAUUACGGCUAUGUUCUGCUAAAGACAAUCUCUCUGAACGUUUUCAAGGUGUUGCGCAGGUGGGAGUUGGACAGUCUCUCUGUGCAGUGCCCGUACAGCACCCUGGGGCACAGCACAGAGACAAAAGUCUGGUGUCGAAGACAAGGUCAGACUGAGUGUAAAGCCAUGGUGAGGACAGAUUACCCUUCAACACUGCACAAUAGCAAAGCUCUGGAAGGCAGAACAUUGAUCCAGGAUGAUACCCAGAACAGGAUUAUCACCAUUACGAUGAAGAAGCUGCAGGCCCAGGACAGCAGCGUGUAUGCAUGUGAGCUCUACAGAUACCCUCAUCCUACCCGGAUAAUGGAAGUCAAGCUCUCUGUGUCCAAGAGGACCCAGCAAUACUCAGCCAAGGAAUUGGGCAAUGUUUCUGUCCAGUGUCUAUACAAUGCCACGGACUAUGGGGCUGUGAGCAAAGCCUGGUGCAAAGAGGAAGAUGGGAAACCAUGUACCAUACUGGCCUACACAAAUUGGAGUACUUCAAGGACACCUCAGCAAGGCAGAGUGACGAUGCAGGACAACACCCAGCAGGGGAUUGUCACCGUCACUAUGGAGAAGCUGCAGGCACAGGAUUCCGGUGUGUACUGGUGUGCGCUUUAUGAACACGAUCAUCUUUUCCGAAUGGUGGAGGUUACGCUCAAUAUUUCUGAUGCACUGGGUGAAACAACUUUGUCAGGUACUGCAGGCACAAGUUCAACAACCCUAUCUGGCAACACCACAGCACUGAGCUCAAAUGUAAAUACCUUCAUCCUAAUCUCUGGAGUCCUGAGCAUUCUGUUCAUCCUGGCACUCAUCAGCUCAGUAACACUGUGCGUCAGGCGACGCAAGCAGCUGAAGAGAAGAGGUACCAGACAAGAAGAGGACAUCUAUGAGAAACCAGAGGACAUAGCACAGCUGGACAGCACUGAAAGAAUAGAAAGUCCCACUGAUGACAGCAAAGACCCCAAAUAUGUUACCCUGAACUUUAAAUCCCGACUCAGCUCUGAGGAUCCUCUCUACUGUAAUGUUGAACGAAGUCAGGCUCACAAGAAAGCCAAAGAUGAAAAUGUGGAAUAUGCUGUCAUUGCACUCAAGCAGUUACCAACAAAUGACAAAGGAUGAAGCACAGAAUCCCAAAAUGAUCCAUAAAUGGGAGAAAAGAAUUGGAAUACAAAGCGGGAAUGGGGAGUAGAAGGUGUGUGAAUGGACACUGAGAAAAGAUCUAAGUUUUUGCUGCCAUGUGUAUGUUGCCUAUGCAUUUUAAGAUCUCCCUCUUAUUAGAGGCCACAAGAGAAUUUUGCCAAAAGUGUGCAGAUUCUCUCGGGUCAGACAGAGGUGCUGGGUAAUUCUCAGUAUCCCUUGCACAUCUGCUUUCUUCAGUCUUCUCUUUGGAGAGGCAGGUGUGGAGGACUGACCUUUUGAAAAGAGCAAUAUUCAUCUGGACAGGGAUGGGUUUGGUAUUUCAACUAUCUUCUCUGGUAGAAACUCUAUCCCGCUCCUAAGGGUUGAGCUACUAUUGCCAAGCAAACUCAUUCCAGUGCUGUAGGGAUAAAACUCUAACAUUGCUGUGACCGGGUUCAUUUGCCAUGUAAUGUGCGGGGAAUAUGAACACUGGAUUAUAGGAAUAAGCAGAACCAGCAUCUGCCUGAAGGCAAAUAGCUUGAGGGUGUAUUGCAACACGAUGAUAUGCUGCACUGCAAACUUUGCAGACUGAGGAUUGUGCUGUAUGAAUCUGAGCACCAGAAGGUCUUGUAGCGACAAAACGACAAUGGUGCAUAGAAGUAAUACAUAUCCUUUUGAGACAAUGCAAAUUCCCCUAUGACCAAAAUUUACCAGUCUGCUUAGGUAAGAAGCAAGAUGGUAAGAGGCUUUCGAACUAAAGCUAAAUGUUUAGCUUUAGAUCAAGAAAUAGAGUGUGCACGCUGGAGUUUGGGGGUAGGAGGGAACGAAGGUGAUGUCACUUCUGAGUGCAUGUACAAGUGUCCAUUUACAGAGUGCAGAGGGUUGUGGGAAGGAUUCAGUGCGGCUGCUAUGGCUUACAUUAGCGAGAGCCACCAACACUCUACCCUCAAGACAACUCAAUUGUUUCCCACUGUGAGGGCUGAAUUUGCUCUCAGGGUCAUCCACAGCCACAGCAUAUUUAUGCAGUCUUUGAGGCCCAUACAUUGAAAACAGAAUGAAGCAGCAGCUGAAAUCUGAAGUUACAGGCAUGGAUUCGCGUGUGUAGCUUGUGCAGACUGCCCCAUCCUUUCACCACCCCCUGAUCAAAGGCCCUUACUUUGUUCAACAACUUCUGGCUGGCCUGCUGUCUUACACCCCGUGUUCCCCAAGAACACACAAACUGGCUGCUUAAACCAAGGCAGUGUGGAAUCAAGACAAGCAAGGAGAACCAAAACUUAGUAUUUCUGGAGAAAGGGAAGAAGAAAACAACAUGUAGUAUUGCACUAGAGGAGUGGACAGGGCACCGGAACGUUUUUUAACAGAAUUUUCCUUGCUGUGCUAACUGCAGGCACAAGCCAUGAGACAGAUAGACAUGAGGAAGGUCUGUACAGACAGUAGUACUGAGCAAGAAACUGGUAGGCUGUGCGAAGAACUUGCAGGAAGUGUGACACAGACAACAAGAGGAAGAAGUAUGAGCAUAAGAGGGCUGGUCUCAACAUCAGCUGAUAUAACAGAAGGGACACGAUGGUAAUUAUGAGUGGAUUAUUUACAGAUGUAAAUGUCCAAGUGAGUCAGACACACAAUAUAUUUAUGGAUCUCCAGUGCAGCUCUGAUGCAGGUUGGCAAUUUCUAAGAGCUCGCAGAAACACUAGACUGGCUGGGACCUCAUCAAACCCUGCUAUCCUGAAUAAUCACACCAUCAACUAUCAAUCAAACAUGUUUUUCCAAUGGAUUUGGUGUCUCACCUUCACUUUUACGAGGCAUCUUUGUAUCUCUUCAGGAAUCACUAUCCAGCCACUCUCAGAUGUAGCUCUGUUCUUCUGCAGCACUGUGCUGUACUUUAAACAGCUCUUCUCUGCCAAUUCACCAGUGCAGCUGGUUCUUCGUAAGUUCUUUGGAAGACCAAUACAAACCAGCACACCUGCUUCCAGCACUUUUUGUUUUCUUGGCUACAGCACAGAAAGUAACUUUUGUGGCUUCUUCUAAAGUCCCAGGAGAGCAGAAAUGCAUGUGCAGUUUCAUAGGAGAGCUCACCAGGGCCUUGGAAAUCGAUAGCAUUACUUCCCUCUCUCUGCUGGAAAUACUCCAAAUUACACAUUUGCUGCCUUUAUUUAGCAGUCAUGUGGUGAGCGAUAUGAAAUGAGUUUGCUGGGGCUCAGCUGAAUUUCUCCAAAAGACCAGAAACCCUCGCACUUUAUUUGGCUGCACCAAGCUCUGCAGACAGGUGGCAAAUCGAAGCACUCCCUGUUCACAAGCCAGUCACAUCCAACAGGCUUCUCUUGCUAUGGCUGCACCAGGGAAGCUGAUCUAUUUUUUGGGAUCUUCAGAGUUGACGUGGUUAACUUGAAAUAAAGAAAGAAAAAGAAAAUGGUUCUGGAAAUGGUUCAUUCAGCCCAAGAUUCCCCUAACUAUUUGCUAUUCAUGCAGUCAGUUACACUGGGUCAAACAGUGGAAGAGUAAUAGUAGAAAACAAUUGAGUUCAAGAGAGAUGUUUUCAGGGAGACAGUUGCUUCUGAUCAAAGAGAAUACAGAUUUGUGCUCACUCAAGCAAGAACGAACAAAAACUGCAUCAGUAAGCCUCACAGAGAAUUUUUGGAUACUGUAAGGUUCCAUUUUCUUCGACACUAAUUAGAGGAGAGAAGAAGAAGGCACAUUCAUGAAUGGAUAGGCUUGCAGGUUUAUCUGCCUGUUAAGAAGCAGAUAAGCACACAGGUUAAGAAGCCAGGGUCUAUUGGUACUUGCAUGGAAGAUCAAGUAAAUAAAUUCAAAAAAGAAAAAA